AUGCUUCAUGAAAUUUUAUUAGGUUUACUAGGAGAAAUUGGCGGCGUAAUUGAAGAAGUUAACGGAGUUUUUCAGGUUCGUGAAGACUGCUAUUUUUUAAAUAAAUCUGAGCAAGAGUUAAUUAACAGAAUCUUAAGAGUUGCAGGACACUAUAAAUAUCUUGAAAGGUUUUCUACAAGAUAUGGCGCAAUGAACGCUGGGUUAACCCAAAUCGUAAAUUUAAGAGGCUCAGAUGACGAAGAAUCACCUGGACUUUAUUUAAAAGCAUUAUGCCGAGGGAUUAAAGACUUAUUAGAAGAAUACAGAAGUAAAAUUGCAUCAAUAGAGCAAGAAUACUUAAAAGGCCGCACUUUGACUAUUCCAAGCUUGCUAGAUUUGGUAAGAAAUGACGAAUUAGCCGCUGUUGCCAAAAUUGCUCGUCAAAUAGAAACACAGAGGCUUAGAGGCGGACAAUUACUAGAUUUAGUUUUUAAAGAAGAACAAUGUCCAGCACUCAGAGAUACAAUGGAAAGAAUGAAUGUGAAAUUAUUACAGGUAUUUUUCCAUCAAUUAAUUGCAUGAACUGUAUACGGGAAUUUAUUGGAUUCGUUUAGUGAAUUUUUUGUAAGGCAGCAAGAAGGUGAUGAAUGGACAAGCAAAUACAGCUUAGAUUUAGAUAUGAUCCCAGAAUCAUGUAUCACUACAAAAUUAGCAGAAAAAGCACUCUUUAUUGGAAAAGCUGUAAGAGUUCUAGGUGAUUCUUUACCUACUGAAGAAGCUGAAAUCUUUGCUAAAGCUCUAAGACAAGCACAAAGUAAUUUUUCAAAAUUAAUUUUGGCUCAAAUUCUUGAACGGAUGAGGAAAUCUGUAGGAAAUCGUCUUUGGAACCUUGUGGUUGUAAAAUCUGAUUUAAUGGGGCAUAUCAAUGCGUUAAAGAAUUAUUUCCUUCUUUCCAGAGGAGAAUUUAUUUUAACAUUUCUUGAAGAAUCCAUGGAUAUAAUGGCACUUCCUCCUAAGCCAGACACAGCAGCCCAAGAUAUAAAUCAAGGCCCAUUUGCACAAGCUCAGUCAUCUUUAGAAGAAGAUCCCUACCUUACCAAUUUCAAGCUGUCUAUAAAACAAUCAGGCUUUACAUAUAAUGAUUUUUCAAGUAUCAAAGAUUUAUCAUUACUCAGCAAUGCUAAUCAAACUUCUAAAAACUCAAUUUCUCUUGUACAAAAUAAAUUCACAAGAAGACCUGGAGCAGUCUGGCAUUCUCGCAAGCAGCAAAUCAUGCCAGGCUUCACCUGCCAAUUCACGUUUAAAUAUAAUUCUCCUUGCUAUGCUUAUUUAAUGCUUCAAAGUGAAAAAGAAAUCUCUGGCCAAUACAGCAAAGCACCAAUAUCUCCGCCUGAAAUAGAAAAUGGGCUUGUUCUCGCAGUCACAAUAAAUGAAGGAAUAAUGAGAUUCGCCGUACAGGUUAAUCAGUUGACUGUUGCAGAGUCAGAAAAAAAAUGUGAGCUCACAACUAUAAAAGUUGGGCUGACUUAUGAAUCGGAUUUUAUUAAGGUGGAAUUAAAUGGUAAUGUGUGCAUUGACUCACAGGUAAACUUUCAAGGAAUUAAGCUUGAUGUUGGAACUUCUGCAUAUAUAGGCAUUGGCUCACAAACUGGGAUAGAGCUAUUAAACUGAGGAUUUAUCCAGACUGGAACAGGUAUGCAAACAGCUAUUUUCGACAGCUGAAGUGGCCUUACAUUGGAAUAUUGUACAGAAUGGCCAUUAAAUCUGAUGCUUUCUCCUCAAAUUCUAGACAAAUAUAUGGCACUUUUUAGAUUUUUAUUUACCUUAAAAAGAGCACAAUUUACCUUACAAAGAUCAUGAAUUACUUUAGUAAAAAAAAGAAAUCCACAGUUGCAGUCUAUGAGCGAAAUACCAAGAGAAGCAUUACAGCUGAGGGCUCAAAUGAAUUUUUUGCUUGAUAAUCUGAUAUCUUAUUUGCAGCUUGACAUAAUUCAAACACAAUUUACACUUUUUAAGAAAAAAGUAAGUGAAAGUGAAGAUUUUGAAGAAGUCAGAAGCUACCAUGAUCAAUACGUAGCGAAAACUGCUUAUCUUUGCUUUUUGCAAUUUCCUAAAAUCGUGAAAUCUAUACAAGAAAUUUCUAGAUGCUGCCAUGAGCUGUGUGGAGUGAUGGAGCGAGGGGGUGAUUUGAAAAUGGUUAGAACCACUUUUGAGCAACAGCUGCUUUUUGCAUUUAACGUCCUGAGUAGUUUAAAGGGUCAACAUACAGCUUUAGGUCAGCUGCUUUUAAGAUUGAAUUUUAAUGGCUAUUUAACUAAGCUCCAAAAAGAAGCAGAAAGACCUAGAUUAACUUACUUAAGAUAA